UGUCCACGGACCACGUUACUCGGACGCGUCCAAGAAACACUUUUAAUUGGUCUAGCUAGCUCACGUUCUACAGAAAAACUCACGGUCUAUCUAAAAGCAUGGCUUCCGACGAGGACAGACUACGCGCCAAGGUGGCAAAACUUAACGCAUCUCUCGAUGAGCUUGAGACUCAGCUCGACCCUCUAUUCACCAAGAGCCUUCCCGAGACUCUUGUAGCCCUCGAAACCAUCCAACAGGCCAAACUGCAAGUGGUCCUUCCAUAUGUACUAUACGACCUUGUAUUCGUAUACCUGAAAACACGAGGAAUUGAUCCCAAGACCCAUCCUGUUAUCGGUGAACUGGAUUGCGUCCGCCAAUACUUUGACAAAAUCAAGAGCGCAGAAGAUUCCGAAGAGAAAAAGAGGCUUGGUAUUGAUAAAGCAGCUGCUAGCAGAUUUAUUAAACACGCCAUCGCCCAAGCAAAGCUAGUAAAAGCUGAAGAACCAAGCAAUACGGCACAUGGACCUGCUUCUAGUAGCAGUGAACUGGUUCCAGUAAAAAUUACCAGUAAAAUGGCGGAGCGUGCAGAGUACGAGGAGAACCUGAAGGAAUUGGGAAGUGAAGAGGAAGAGGAUCUUGAAGUAUUCGUUGAGGCUGAGGUGUCGGGCAACGACGACGCGAUGGAAGAAGAAGCGUUGCCGCUGCCACCACAGGACAAGGGGAAAUCACGAAUGGUUGAAAGAGAAGUCCCAGAACAUGAAGAACAAGUAGGUGGGAGACGGAAGCGACAGCGGAUAGAUCCUUUCGCAGCCUCAGGAUAUGGAGAUGAUGAUCGUAGUCAUUCCUCAAAGUCCGAGAAACCAAAGAAGCAGAAAAAGAAGUCGCCCGCAUCUGCCUUACCCAUAGCAGAUAGUGUCUCGGCUAUCCAGACACCAGAUCAGUCAGGACAAUGUACUUUAUCAGCAGCCGACGAGGCGCAACAACGAAAAGCAGGAAAGAAAGCAAAGCGGAAGGAGAAGAAGAAGUCAAGUUAACACCAGUCACAUAUUGGACCACUAUCUCCCAAGCCCUUCUCUCAUUCUACACAUCAUGAUCUGGAAUGAUACAGUUAACCUACUCGUGAACAACAACAACAACAACAACAACAGGGAAAAAUAUCAGUAAUACAUCGAAGAACGCUCGUUACGUGGGUAAUGUGCACAAUCAGCUUUGUAAAC